GGGCAUAGAAAACAGCUGUUUUAUGACUAAAUCAUCGGCCUUACUUUUCAAAAACUGGCUCUGCGUCCGCUACCUGUGUUUUAUUUACUAUGCACUGAGCGUUCGCUCGCUGUUGAUUACUUCAUAGACAAAGCGAUACUUGAGCAGUUACCAGCCCCCUUAAAAAUUAGCGAAAGAAACUGCGAUUGCAACAAUAAAGCGUAAUAGACCAAGUUACGAAAUCAAUAAAAAAAAACAAGUGAUAAAAGACAGCAACGCAAUGAGCAAAACAGAGACAGCAACAACUGCGGCGAAGGCGACAACGUCGACGUCAACGACGACGCCCAAAGCAGCAGAGACGAAUGCGCGCCAACAGCUGGAAACGUAUCGCGUCUAUGUGGUCACCUGGAAUGUGGGAAGUCGCUUUCCCGACAACAUUUCGCUACGCCAGCUGCUGGGAUUGCACGACGAUGCCAGUGGCGAUGCAGCUGAUUAUUUGCCCGAUAUUUAUGCCAUCGGAUUGCAGGAGGUGAACGCCCAGCCACAGCAGCAGGUGCUGGGACUCUUCAAGGAAGACCCGUGGACGCAUAAGGCAAAGAAAUUGUUGCGUUUCUACGAUUAUGUCGCUGUGAAGACGGAACAAAUGCAGGGAUUACUAUUAACCAUGUUUGUGCGUCGGCCGCAUGUGGAGCACAUCAAGGACAUGGAGGCGGAAUUUACACGUACCGGUUUUGGUGGCAUUUGGGGCAACAAGGGAGCAGUGAGUGUACGCUUCACACUCUACGGUUGCGGCUUGUCCUUUGUUGUUGCCCAUUUGGCGGCACACGAUCAUCAGCUGGACGAACGGAUUGAGGACUAUAAGCAAAUACUCGAGAACCAUCAUUAUCAUGUGAAGCGGUAUCGCGAGAUCUACGAUCAUGAUUAUGUCUUUUGGUUUGGUGAUCUCAACUUUCGGCUGCAGGGCACCGAUACCUCCGCCGAGGUGCGCGAAGCGUUGCGCGACGAUCGCUUACAUGACGCCCUCAUCAAGCGCGAUCAGUUGUUCGAGGUGCGCGAGAAGACGCAACAAGCAUUCCAGGUGAUGCACGAAAGGCUGCCCGCCUUUCCGCCCACCUUCAAGUUCAAGGAGGGCACCUCCGAGUACGAUCUGAAGCGUCGUCCGGCGUGGACGGAUCGCAUUAUGUAUGCGGUGCAACCGUUGAAUCGCCAGCCAGGCAUGCAGCUGGCCAUUGAGCAGUGCUCGUAUAAAUCGCAUCCCGCCUACAGUAUAAGUGAUCACAAGCCGGUCACAAGUGACUUCACCAUCAAACUGUAUCCCAAUUAUCGGGAACCAGGUGUGCAAUUCACUCCGCCAUCCGUUUGGCGCAUGGGCAACGAGAAUACCGUGGAGUAUCGCAAGCAACCGGAGUUUGAGGAGGGACCCAACGAUUGGAUCGCCAUCUAUGCCACCGACUAUGCCAGUCUGGCCGAUUAUGUGGCCUACGAGUAUGUGAAUCAGGCCGAAUCGCCCACAUCAUCCGAUUCCAAUCCGGAGCGGGAUUACUUUGAAACUCCGGCGCCGGCACCGCGUCGCACUAGUCGCCAUCAGCAUCGCAAUCGGCAGCGUUUGCGUCGCCAGCAGGAGGCCAACGAGGAGCUGGUGCGUCUGGAUUUCGCCGAUGACAUCGAUUUGCGUCACGGCGAACAAUAUUUGCUGGUCUAUUUCCGCAGCACAGGAUUGCGCGGCGUCACCAGCAUCGCCGGCAUCUCGAGCACAUUUGUGGCCGAGAAGCGAAGCGGUUCUCCGCAUCGCACCGAAUACCAUGUGGACUAGCUGGCAGAGGCGUUGGACAUUUAUAUACUUUAGUCGGGAGAGAGUGCUAUUAUGAUGCCUUAUGUCUUUUUAUGUUACGACUUUAUACCAAUGUGUAAUACGAUCAAAUUGUAGCCGCAUUUCUUAGUUUUUAACAGACUAUGUCAAGUGCUUGUUUUUUUUUUUAUUAUAAACAUAUAUGAUUGAACUAUAUAUAUACAUGUUAAAUAUUUUGUAAAGUAACAACUGACAUGCAAAAUUGAUUUUAAAUGUUAUACACUGAUUUCUUUGACAUUUAGUAAGGAUUAAAAACCCAAUACCUCAAGACGAACAACUAACCAAAGUAAAUAACGAAGAAAUUAUAAAAUAUUACAAAGUAUAGCAUUUUGAAUGAAUUUUCAUGGCCAUGUUACUUUUUGUACAUUUAGCAGCUUCGUUAUAAUAUUGUUUUUAGUGCACAUUUCAGCACAUCAAAUGUGGUAUAUACAUAAAUGUUUUUUUAUUAUGUUUGUUCAUAUAUAAGAAUUUAUAUAUACGACUAUAUAUUUUAUAUGCAAAUACAUACACAACUGACCAUUUGGAAAGACUGUUUGCUCCACCCGACUUAUAUACAUACAUACGUUUGUAACCUAGCCACAUUUCCAUUAAGAAAACUGUUUUUACGAUGAGACUCUCACCUACAUAUUACACUAUAUAAUAUUUAGAGACUAUUGCGAAUUUGGCAGUCUUUUUUACCUUAUAUGGUAUUUGUAUUUUCUUUUUAAUGUUGAGCGAGAUUUCUUGCUGUGUUCUCUUAGUCGUGCAUUACGGUAAUCUUUAUUUUUAUAAAUGAUGUGUGUCGAUGUCUGCUAAAGCAUUUGAAGCAUUGCUUCUUUUGUAACCGGUUUUUGCAAUGUUCGCAUUGUCACACAAACGCUCAAUUGCGUCACAAUACAAAUUGUUGCCACACCUGGGCUGCAGCAGCAGCAGCAGCUCAUUACCAUACAAAAGCAAUGCCAAAGAUGACAAAUUUUUGAGCUCAGACCAAAAAAGAAUUUGGAUCAAAGUCCCAUCCAUCUUAGUCCCAUCCCAAAAAAACAGUUGUCUUUUGAAUUGUUUUUAGUUUUUUAUUGUACGGUGAUAUUAAAUGAUAAAUAUAUAAAUAAAAUACAUAUACAUACUAUAUAUACUACAUAUAAUAUAAUCAUAUAGUUGCCAGUGUGCCAGAUCGUCAUCAGUGUAAUGAAUGCACUAUAGAGUAAUACAUACUCGUCUUGUAUACUAGAUAAUACACAUUCAAGCUAUCUAUAUAUGUACUAUAUAUGGAUACCUCCUCUCUCUAUAUAGUAUCUCAUCAUAUAAUCGUGUGGGGGGCUGCACAAAUUGUUUGCUGAGUUUUCAGUUUCGUUAUCGUUUAAUUGCCCAUUUUCAGACAAUUUUUUCCGCAUUGAAUGUUGUGCGCAAUAAAUUAAAAUUAAAAAAACAUACAAAAAAAGAAAAAUCAUAAAAUAUAAAACCGAAAGCAAAAAAAAAAAUCGCACACGCCUCGAAAAA